UGUGUGUGUGUGUGUGUGUGUCUGUGUGUGUGUGUGUGUGUGUGUGUGUGUGUGUGUGUGUGUGUGUGUGUGUGUGUGUGUGUGUGUUUUAAAACAGAUGGUUAACCCCAAAACAAAAUGUAUUUCACGUGGUUUUAUUUAUACGAUUAUCUAGAAUCUUCUCGUUCUCAUCAUCACCGGUUCAGAAAGUAACCCUUUCUGACAGUUUAGUGGGUGUUGCUUGUUGUUCUGAGAUUAGCAUUAGCACAGAUUUAUAGCAUUAGCAAUGUGCUUCAGCGUUGGCACAGUGUUUCAUCGUUAGCUCGGUGCUGUAGCAUUAGCUCUGUGUGUGGGGCGGUCGGAAGGCAGUGACUUUGUUUGUCUUGUCUCUUCACCAGCUGGCAAGUCAGAGCAACAGGGAGGUCAGCCCACCGAUGACUAGAUAAGAGUGUGUGUGGGGGGCAUGGGGAUAGCCGGUCUCAUCCGGAAUUAGAAUAUUUGUAAACUUUACCCAAUCUUCUCUCUGCAACACAAUUGCAUCUCAGAGCUGAUUUCAUUCUUGGUUUGAGGUUGCCUAAAGGGAGGGGAUAUUGUAUUUCAAAAGUAAAGAAUGCCUUUAAUAUGCUACUUGUGAUAUUCCACUGACUCCAUUACUGCUGUACAGCUAGGCUGUUUCUGGGUAAACAAAGAACUCUGUGUGUCGUUCAAUGUGGAGUUGAGGUCGCACUCUAAAGAUAUCGGCGGGGAACAUGGACACAAUGAGAGGAGCUCGGGACUUUGACCGUUCAAUAUUGACAGCGGUGAAGUCACCGAGGAAACGUCACGAGUUCAGAAUGGAGGAGGGAUACGAGCUGGACCUGACCUACAUCACGGAGCGUAUCAUCGCCGUGUCCUUCCCCCGGGCCUGCUCGGAGGAGAUCUACGCACACAACCUGAAGGAUGUGACGCGCAUGCUGAGGUCCAAGCACGCCGACAACUACCUGACUAUCAACCUGUCAGAGAGAAGAGCCGACCUGUCCAGAAUUAACUCUAAGACUCUGGACACGGGCUGGCCUGACUUGCACGCUCCGCCUCUGGAUAAGAUUUGCACCAUCUGCAAGGCCAUGGAGGGGUGGCUGAAUACUGACCCACUGCACGUAGUGGUAAUCCACUGUAGGGGCGGUAAGGGACGGAUUGGAGUGGUUAUUUCAUCGUUUAUCCACUUCACCGACAUAUCCGCCAGCGCCGACCAGGCCCUGGACCGCUUCGCCAUGAGGAAGUACUACGACGACAAGGUGUCCGCUCUGAUGACCCCCUCCCAGAAACGGUACGUGUGGAUCCUCAACAGCCUCCUGAGCGGGUCGAUGAAGAUCAACGCCUCGCCGCUCUUCCUCCAUUGCAUCAUUCUUCACGGCCUCCCAAACUUUGACGCCAGCGGAGUGUGCCGUCCCUACCUGAAGGUGUACCAGGGAAUGCAAGCUGUCUACUCUUCAGGGGUCUAUCACAUCGGACCGGGCCACAGAGACAGGCUGUGCAUUCCCCUGGAACCAGCACAGCUGCUGAAGGGAGACAUCAUGAUCAAAUGCUACCACAAGAGCGACGUGACGUCGGAGCGCGAGGUGGUCUUCCGCCUGCAGUUCCACACGGGAGCAGUGCAGGGCUACAGCUUGUCCUUCGACAAGGAAGACAUGGAGGCCGCCAACAAGGAUCCCAGAUUUCCGGAUUACGGCCGAGUGGAGCUGGUGUUCACAGAGGGCCCGGAGAGGAUCCCAGAUGCCGAUCGUUGGCACAACGGUGCCGAUGUCAUGGUGGACUACAACACCGCCGACCCUAUCCUGCGCUGGGACUCGUACCAGGACAUCUGUGACGGAGAAGUGCCGCGUUCUCAGGGCUUAGGCCAGGACAGAGCAGCGCCCAAGAAGAGCCCCGUCGCGGCGGGGGCCACGCUGGGCCGAGGGGCCCGCACCACCUCCGCCGCCUCCAGCCCCGACCACAGCGACCACGCCCUCUCCGCCAGCAGCGACUCGGGCCUCUCCAGCACCUCCCUGUGGACGGACAGACCCGCGCCCGUCGCCAACAGCACCAGCACCGUCACCACCCCCACCCCCGCCGCCAGCAGCGCCCUCAUCACCACAGCCCCCAAGCAGCCCGGCCAGGGGCCCAGCCGGCACGAGAAGGCCGAGCUCAACCGCCUGCUGAGCGGCUUCGGCCUGGAGGAACCCUCCCUGGAGGAGAUGGACGACCGCGGGCCCAGGGCGGCCGUGCUCGACCGCCCCCCCGCCCACCAGGCGCACGUCAACGGAGACCCCGGGCCCGGGGAGCGGGAGACGGACAUCCUGGACGACGAGGUGAUGAUGACGGGCCACGACCUGCACAGCGUGGACAGCCUGGGCACCCUGUCGUCCUCCUUCCACAAGAGCAGCCAGAACUCACUUCUGUCCGACGGCUUCGGGAGUCCCGGGGCGGAGGAGCUUCAUCAGCAUCAGCAGACGCAGACGCAGACGCAGGUCCAGCAUCCGCCGCACCACCAACACCAGAACCAGCAGCAUAUCAUCCACCAGCACCACAACCACAACCAGGUUCACUACCCUGGGCCGGUCGUCGGGGACGACUACGAGACUAGGAGGGGCUUCCUGCAGCAGCAGCUCUUCAGGCAGGGCAGCUACUCGACUCACUCCUGGGUGCGGCAGCAGCAGAUGGUGGCCGCCCAGCAGUUCGGUUACGGGGCGGAGGACGCCGGAGGAGGCGGUGGAGGUGGUGGCGGAGGAGGCGGAGGACGGGGGCGACAACGGACCGAGGUCCUGGCAUGCAAGCCCGGGAGCAGCCCCCCAAGCCGGUGGAGGAACCCGGUCUUCCGGCAGGGACGCGACGGUCCAGAACCUCAGGAAGACCCUGACGACGACGACGACGAGCUCGACGGCGACGACGGUAACGGCGCCGGUAUCGAAGACUGUCGGCCCGCCACGAGCAAUAACAACAACAACUGCUCGCGGGACGAGGAGUUCAAGUCCCUGACGGUGGACAUCGACAACUCCAUCGACCAGUUGAACCAGCUCAUCAUGGACCUGGACCCCACCUUCAUGCCCGUCUCGUCCCGCUCCGGCUCGGUCAAGAGGAAUGGGGGUGUGGGGAACGCCUCGGACGCCAAGUAUUCCAACGGCAACGGCACCGAUCAGAGACUUCACAGUAAAAGCGUGACCUCCCUGCAUCACACGCAGCAGACAGCUGUGGGCCCCGGGGAGAACCAUGGAGAGGCUCUGCGGAGUGUGAGCCGCCAGGGGGGAGACGCUGCGGACCCCCCAGGGUACUGCAGCUCGGGCUGGGUCAGCUCGGAGGAGUUCAGGGGGACCCGCACCUACUCCCCCGGCCUGCCCCCCACCCAGCAUGCCAUGCUGUACAGGAGCGACAGCGUGGACUACAGGGCCCAGGGGCCCGACAUGGACAGCGGGAUCGAGGCCGGGAGUGACAUCGCCCCGCCCACUCCCUCCUUCCCCAUCUCUCCGCCCACACCUUAUGUGAAAAACAUGUCGGAGUUCACUCAGUUCAGACAGGCGUCCUACGGAGUCUACAGGCCCGAGCACGAGAUUCGUGAAUACUCGGACAGCGUCGGCCACAUCGGACUCGUCAACGAGGGAGACGCCCCCAUCAGCUGUCACAGGUUGCUUAGCAACUCCCGCUCCAACAGUAUCAGCGGGAAAAUGCAUCGGGGCGACAGCCAAUCCACGGGCCAGUCCUGGCCUGAGCACCCGGCCCUGAGCCGCCACACCUCCCUGAGCAGCUACCCCUCCGCCACAGCCCCGCAGCACAGCAUGUCGGUGGACUACGCCCAGCACUCGCCCCCCUCCCCCUCGCCCCACCCGGGCCCCAACGCCCACAGCUCGCCGCAGAGCGCCCAGCGGAGCCGCCUGGCGUGCUACGCCCUCAGCCGCGGCCCCGCCAGCCACCUCUUCGACGGCGAGCAGGACGUCCCGACCCGGACGGGCUACGGCGGCGGCGGCGGCGGCGGCACCAACGGGUGCCUCGACCGCAACCUCCUGACCUCCCUGGACGGCAGCGGUGGCGGCGGUCACAGCGGGCUGGCCCACACGCUGCUGCAGCCGCCGCCGCCGCUGCUGCCCGAGAAGAAGCGGGCGUCGGACGGCGAGCUCUCCCUGGGCACGGCGUCGCCGGUGCCCAGCGGCUUCUCCAGCCCCCACAGCGGCAGCUCCCUGAGCAUCCCCUUCCCCAACAGCCUCCCCGACCUCUCCCUGCAGACCCAGGGCGUGGCCUCGCCCCUGCCAGAUGUGUUGUCCAGCCGGCUGGUGACGGUCAAGUUCGUGCAGGACACGUCAAAGUUCUGGUACAAGCCGGACAUCUCUAGGGACCAAGCUAUCUCUGUGCUGAAGGACCAGGAGGCAGGCUGCUUCAUCGUAAGGGACAGCCACUCCUUCAAAGGGGCCUACGGGCUGGCCAUGAAGGUGGCCACGCCCCCACCCUCCGUCCUACAGCAGAGUCGGAGAGGAGGGGAUCUGUCCAAUGAGUUGGUGCGCCACUUUCUGAUCGAGUGUACACAGAAGGGCGUGAGGCUGAAGGGCUGCCCCAACGAGCCUUACUUCGGUAGUUUAACUGCGUUGGUCUGCCAGCAUUCGAUCACACCACUGGCCCUACCCUGUAAACUCAUCAUUCCUGACAGAGACCCCCUGGAAGACGUGGUGGAGAGCACCUCCAACUCGGUCACCAACUCUGCUGCAGAGCUGCUGAAACAAGGGGCAGCCUGUAACGUGUGGUUCCUGGGCUCCGUGGAGAUGGAGUCCCUGACGGGGAUCCAGGCGGUGCAGAAGGCCACCACCCGGACCCUGGCCUCCGACCCCCUGCCCACCUCCACCGUGGUCCACUUCAAGGUGUCCUCCCAGGGCAUCACCCUCACCGACAACCAGAGGAGGCUCUUCUUCAGGAGACAUUACCCUGUGAAUAUGGUCAUCUACUGUGCUCUGGACCCUCAAGACAGAAAGUGGAAAAAGGAUGGCUGUCCUGCAAAGAUCUUUGGGUUUGUGGCUCGCAAAACUGGCAACUCGAUGGACAAUGUGUGCCACCUGUUUGCUGAGCAUGACCCCGAACAGCCAGCCAGUGCCAUCGUCAACUUUGUCUCCAAGGUGAUGAUUGGCUCCCAGAAGAGUAAGUAAGCCUUCUGAUGACUGGCUGGACUAUGUAUAAAUGGUGGGAAGAAAAAGAGGAAGAAAAAAAAUGAAUUCAAGCUAACGCUAUCGCUAACAGUUGAGAAGGCUGGGUGUGAGCGACUGGAAAAGAUAAAAAGAUGAAUGAGUUGAGUCAACGUUUUUGGCACGAGAUAAGAGGAACAAUUGUACAGGUCCUACAUCUUCAGCCAGCACCAAUAAAAGCAGUGCCAUCUUCCAGGAAACCAAACCUUCAAUGCUAUUUUUUUUUUUGGGCUGUAUUGUUAGGACUGAUGAGGAAAUUGAUAACACUAAAUCAAAUGUACAAAUUCAUGGUUGUUAUGCAUUUUGUUAUAAAAUGAUUUUCUUUGAUCCCUUUUCACACUAUACAUGGCGACAGAGCCUGGUGGUGUUUUGAAAUGAUCAGCAUGGCAGGAGAAUGGUCUGUUAAAGUUUGACCAUAAAGGUUUCUUUUCAUUUGUAUGGUUCUAUUGAGGGUGUGAUGCUCAAACUGCAAGCUAUGUUCAAUAAGUGAUGCGUUUUAAGAAACAGCUGUACUAUGAAAUAUUACAGGUUCAUCUCAUCAGUAUCUAUGCAAUGUAUUUUCCUAUUUUAUUUAUCACGUAUCACAUGUGCUGCACACAUUUAACCCUGUCCUCAAAUGUACACAAAUGCCACAUGUCGCCAAUAACCGUGUCAGUAACUAAACUGUUUUUUAUCCGAUGAAGUUGGGUGUUAAUAGGACCACUUAUGAUACUGUCUGUGUUGUUAUGAAAGAGUUUAGCAUGUGUGUUGAAAAGAACAUAAAACCACAGACCGUAGAGGGAACAUAAUUAAAUGCUAAUUUAUAAAUAAAGUUGAAGUAAAGUUGAUUAAAACCACACCAGUACUUUGGGUAAGACACUGCUAGUUACCUCACUUUACAGCUGUCAAAUGAGUCAUUUCUUUAGGGUUGUCAUUACCAUAGACGUAUGUACAUAGACAUGGGAUUGACUGCUUCGACCCGUUGGCUGUGAUGCAUCAAAGUCGCCGUCUAUUAGAGAUUGGCAAAGAUUGGCCCUUAGACAAAUUCAAGUAAACAGAGGAGCUGUGUUUUUUUUCUGGAUAAAAAGCACCAUGACGUUUAUAUUUGUCAUCGGAUUUCAAUGAGUCGUUUUAUCUAAUCAGAUUUAACCGGAUUUAUAAAUAUUUUAUCUGAAUAUUUUGUAUUUAUUUUUGACUCUACUUAGAUCAUAAUCCCUUUUAGUAAAAAAAGAAUCCAAAGUCUUGUAAUCAUUUGAGAAAUGUACACUUUAUGGUGAAUGUUAUCCAGAAAAAUGCCAACCCCCCCUGUUAGCAUGUAUUCCCCCCAACCCUCAACCCUACCCAAUUAGGGAGCUUGGUGUUUUUGUUUUUUAUUUGUUUGUUUAAAGUAUGUAUAAUAUAUAUAUAUAUAUAUAUGAAAAUAUGGCCAUAAUGUUAAUAUAACGCACGCUUUAGUGGUUCUUAGUGAAUGCCCUAGAUUACUAUAUGAUAUUCUUUAAACAUCUGUCAAUGACAUAUCCAACAUCUCUUCUCUGGAAUGAUGAUAGUUCUGAGAUAUACACCGAGGGCAAUUUAAAAGGAUAUGGAUUCUGUCAUGUUGUUGAUAAGCUCUCUAUUAUAAGCGCAUUAUUGUUUUAAUAUUGUCUGAACCCAUAUGUGCUUUCUAUAUUUUUAAAUGUAGUGCAUUUUGUAUGCGCCCCUGUCUAUACAUGCUAUCUAAACGGAUUAUUUGUAUAUUUCAGAUAUCAGUUAUGUAAAUAAACAAAAGGGAACAUUUGUUUGGCUUUUUAAAUUUUAAAGAGAAUUUAAACGUAGCCGGUCGACAAUACUAUAAGAUAAACAUAGUUUAAUCACACAAAAUAGAAUCAUGCAGUCAGAUUACAGGUAUGUACAACUUCUUAGCCAAUAUCUUGAUCUUCAUCAAAGCGAUUAAACAUUGAAUUACUGUGAUAAACGUCAACGGUGAAGUACCAUGAGAAACCAGCAGAGGGGGGUCGAAAGUCAACUUAUUUUCUACACUCAUCCACCAAACUCGAGUGUAUUCUAGAGAGUAUGAAAGAGAUUGUGACGUGGCUGUUUCUCUCUGAUCAAAGACGAAUAAACUCUGAAUAAACUCGCUGAUUAAAGACGCUUCAAACGAA